AUGAUCAGAGGAAAAGCAAAGGAAAAGUCAAGAGCAAGAAGAAGAAAAGAAAAAUUUUGUCACUGCGGGGUAGAUGCAGACGUUCAAUUGGACGAAACUGUUUGCUUAAAUUUUUACAGGGUCUUUUCAGCUCUAUUGAACAAGCCAAGUUACUUAGGUUGUUUCAGCAGUGACGCAAUUGAACCGAGAGCACUGUCGAGAUUGGAGGCCGAUGUCACAAAUUCACCAUUCAGAUCGUGCUUCCUAUAUUGCAAUGCUUACCAGCUCUACGGCCGCAUGACAUGUAAUCAACAUCUGACUGCGUAUAGAUCAUUUCCGGCUUUUGCACUGAUGACCUUCGAACCUGGUCCCCGCGUAGUAGCAACAUGUAAUAUGGCACUGGAACCAUCUUGCAUAGUCUGUCCAUAG